AAUCGACUGAGCGAGCAGUGGAGUCUGGAGCUCGUUGUGAGUCCAAGCCCUUCUGUCUGUCAGGUUGGAUUAAAACGAGAUUUAAAGUAGCUGCACUUUGUUUAAACUCUAAAUAUGAAGUGAGGACAAAAAGGAAGUUUCGGAGUUUCCAUCACUGCAGGUAUUCAACUGUACAACAUCCACUGCACGUCUGCCCGUCCUGGACAUGUCACUACAGGUGUGGUGCCUGUCGUUUCGGCAGCCGUACGCCGGUCUGAUUCUGGACGGGGUGAAGACCGUGGAGAGCCGCUGGAGGCCCCUGUUGGCCCCACUGGAGAACCAGACCCUGGCGGUCCACAUUGCCCAGCGAGACUGGGAGGGGGAGGAGUGGAGGGAGGUGCUCAGCGGCUCACUGGGAAUGAACCAGGAUCAGAUCCAAGCGCUCCUGGAGUCUGGAGAGAGGUUCGGCCGCGGCGUAGUAGCAGGACUAGUGGAUGUGGGAGGUACCUGGCUCUGUCCUGCCUCCCUCCAGGGGGAGGAGCUGGAACACCUGGAGCAGUCGACUGUUCUGAUUGGUCUGCAGGAGAAAUACCUGACUCACCUGUCCAACCCUCGCUGGCUGAAGGAGCCACUGAGCGUCCACGGAGGUCGGGAUCUCUGGACUGUGCAGAUCCCCAAUGAGCUGUUACCAUGACAACAACAUUCAAUCAGACUGAAACAUCUCAACUGUUGAUUGUAAUGAACAGUUAACAUUGCUGACGUGCUGGUGAGCACCUGAAUGAACCUCACGUCUGUCGUCACAGGUAAUCAAGAAAUCUUCUGAUCCCAAGUCAGUCCAGACUUGAAGCUGACUUGUUUUGUUAAUAAAGUUGUGCGUUCUGGUUCCA